GGGGGAGGAGCCCGAAAGGGGGAAAAAGAAAGUGCGGCGCAAAGUAAGAGGCUUAUUGGGGGAAGACCGGCCGGAUCCGGGCACCCCGGGCUGCUUUGCAACCCCAGGCGCGCAGAGGAGCCGUGCGGGGUCCCUCCCUACCCUCCCUGCCACCAGUCGGCGCCCCCUUCCCUGCGUCCGUUCAGCUCCGCGGCAAAGGAUGGGAUUUCUGUGGUGUUUCCUGAGUCUCUGCUUCUAUUGGAUCCUGCAAAGUGACGCCUCAGAGCGCUGUGAUGACUGGGGACUAGAUACCAUGAGGCAGAUCCAAGUGUUUGAAGAUGAGCCAGCUCGCAUCAAGUGCCCACUCUUUGAGCACUUCUUGAAAUAUAACUAUACCACAGCCCAUUCUGCUGGUCUUACUCUGAUCUGGUACUGGACAAGGCAAGACCGAGACCUGGAGGAGCCAAUUAACUUUCGUCUCCCUGAGAACCGCAUCAGUAAGGAGAAAGAUGUCCUCUGGUUCAGGCCUACCCUCCUCAAUGACACCGGCAACUAUACCUGCAUGUUGAGAAAUACAACAUACUGCAGCAAAGUUGCAUUUCCUCUGGAGGUUGUGCCAAAAGAUAACUGUUAUCGAUCUCCCAUGAGACUCCCAGUGCAUAGAUUUUAUCUGGAAUAUGGUAUACAAAGUAUCACUUGUCCAAAUGUAGAUGGAUUUUUCCCUUCCACUGUGAAACCAAAUAUCACUUGGUAUAUGGGUUGUCGUAAAAUACAUAACUUUGUUAAUGUAUUACCUAAAGGCAUGAGCUUGACUUUUCUCUUACCCUUGGUUUCAAACAAUGGAGAUUACACAUGUGUCGUAACAUAUCCAGAAAAUGGGCGUAUUUUCCAUCUCACCAGAACUAUGACUAUAAAGGUAGUAGGUUCUCCAAAAGAUGCACUGCCCCCUCAAUUCUACUCACCUAAUGAUCAUGUAGUUUAUGAAAAAGAGCCUGGAGAAGAUCUACACAUUCCAUGUAAAGUCUAUUUCAGUUUCCUGAAUAACUCUCGCAAUGAGAUUUGGUGGACCGUUGAUGGAAAAAAGCCAGAGGACACCUCUUUUGACAUAGCUAUUAAUGAGAGUGUACAUUAUAGUAAAACAGAAGAUGAAACAAAAACUCAGACUUUAAUCAUCAAGGAAGUUACCGCUGAGGAUCUCAAACGCAACUAUGUGUGUCAUGCUAGGAAUUCCCUAGGGGAGAAUGAGAGAAGAGCCAUGGUGAAACAGAAAGUCAUAGCUCCAAGAUACACAGUGGAAUUGGCAUGUGGUUUUGGGGCUACAGUCCUGCUGGUAGUGAUUCUCAUUGUUAUUUACCAUGUUUAUUGGCUGGAGAUGGUCCUAUUUUAUCGGGCUCACUUUGGGACAGAUGAAACUAUUCUAGAUGGAAAGGAAUAUGAUAUUUAUGUAUCCUAUGCAAGGAAUGCUGAAGAAGAAGAAUUCGUAUUAUUGACUCUCCGUGGAGUUUUGGAGAAUGAAUUUGGCUACAAAUUGUGCAUCUUUGACAGAGACAGUCUUCCUGGGGGAAUUGUCACAGAUGAGACCUUGAGCUUCAUUCAGAAAAGCAGACGCCUCCUGGUUGUUCUAAGCCCCAACUACGUGCUCCAGGGAACCCAAGCUCUCCUGGAGCUCAAGGCCGGCCUAGAAAACAUGGCCUCUCAGGGCAACAUCAACGUCAUUUUAGUACAGUACAAAGCGGUGAAGGAAAUGAAGGUGAAAGAGCUGAAGAGGGCUAAGACGGUGCUCACGGUCAUUAAAUGGAGAGGGGAGAAAUCCAAGUACCCACAGGGCAGGUUCUGGAAGCAGCUGCAGGUGGCCAUGCCAGUGAAGAAAAGUUCCAGGUGGUCUAGAGGUGAUACAGUGGAAGCAGUUUUUGACUUCAUCCAGAGGAGCAGAAGGAUGAUUGUUGUACUGAGCCCAGACUAUGUGACAGAAAAGAGUAUCAGCAUGUUGGAGUUUAAACUGGGUGUCAUGUGCCAAAACUCCAUCGCUACCAAACUCAUCGUGGUCGAAUAUCGCCCCCUUGAGCACCCACACCCAGGCAUCUUGCAGCUGAAGGAGUCCGUGUCAUUUGUGAGCUGGAAGGGAGAGAAGUCCAAACACUCGGGCUCUAAAUUCUGGAAAGCGUUGAGGCUGGCUCUUCCCCUGAGAAGUCUGAGUGCCAGCUCGGGCUGGAACGAGAGCUGCUCUUCCCAGUCUGACAUCAGCCUGGACCAUGUCCAAAGGAGGAGAAGCCAUUUGAAAGAGCCCACUGAACUCCAGAGCUCGGGCCUGGGCACUGGUGCCUCUCCAGCCCCGGGCACAAUGUCCAAGCACAGAGGCAAGCCCUCUGCGGCUUGUCGCUGCUGUGUCACCUACUGUGAAGGAGAGGGUCAGCUCAGGAGCAAGAACCGGGCAGAGAUGCAAACCCAGCCCCAGUGGGAGACACAUCUCUGUAAGCCUGUUCCCCAAGAAUCAGAAACUCAAUGGAUACAAAACGGCACCAGAUUUGAAACCCCUGCUCCCCAAAUCUCAGCUCUUGCUUUUCAUCAUUUCACGGAUUUAUCCAAUAACAAUGACUUUUAUAUCCUAUAAUUGUUAUGCGUGGUGGGUGGUGUCUGUUAACUCUGCCAAGCCCUCUUAUGGGAAUAAUUGAUAUGUUUAUCACCUAAUGGACUUUGAGAAUGUGUCCCCUUUUAUUGAUAUUUUUUAAAAACUAUUUAUUUCUAGGAGACAAAGACCAGGCGGACAAGAAUCCAGAAUUAUUGCCUCUAAUGGCCUCAGAAGAGCACACUCUUCUCGGGCCCUAGAAGGUCAGUAUGUGAUAGUUGCUUAAAGUCUGAUCCUUUAUUUUGCCUAUUGGUUUAAAUCUGAGUAAAGAAUUUAAAUGUGAGUUUUCCUUUGAUUUUUUUGAUCAACCAAGUCAACUAGGUGUACUUGGGCUAUGACAAUUUAAGAUUCUGCAUAUCCCAAUGGAGUGUUAUGGAAAGGAAUUAAUUCUGGUGGAAGUUGUAGGACUGAGCUGAACAGAAAAUCAACUACA